AAAUAAUACGUUUCUAAACAUUUAAGAAUUCAUCCUGCACAUUCAAAUUCUAUUGUCAAUAUGCAUUGAGGAAACUAAGGCUAAACUAAGAAAGGCUUCCAAAAGCACUGCAACAGUACAACGUCAUUAUUGCAGUUUAGAGAUUGGGUUGAGACUAAUUUAGAUUCCUGGUUCCGAAUCCUCCAUGCAAAAUACCGCUCAGUGUGUAGUAACGGUCAAUCUACAUAAAUUGCCUCCUCACCGCGCCUUAUUCUAAUCCAAGUUAUGCGCUGAAUAACAUACAAAUACCUUAUACUCAAUUUAUUCACAUGUCAAAGUUUUGUGGAUUGAAAUUGAUUUUUUUUCAAGUAUAGCGAGGGCGGAAAUGUGUUUUAUCUUCUGUGGUUUGCAUCGAAACCGUGGAUGGCGCCGGACUGAGGUGGAGUGAAGUGCUGACUUUCCCUUAGUGAAAAUGGCGCUACCUGAUGUCCUGUAGUGUGCUCUUUUCCUGGCAUGAUGGCAUUGAGAAGAUGGACUUUGCAGCUGGGGACCGCAGCCAGGGGAUUCUCAGAAGGUGGGAAAGGUAUUAGAUGUAGUUCUUCUGUUCCCAGUUCCAUACCUUCUGUUGAGGAUGAAGUGGAUACAAGAGAAAAUGAGAUUGUUGUCCCUGACUUCAGUAACCGGAAUCCACGUAACUUGGAACAGCUAGCUCUAGCAAGGAAAGAGCGAGGCUGGAAAACCACAUGGCCAACAAAAGAGUUUUGGCUUAGGUUACGACUUGAGCAAACACAGAAGCAUGUGGAGGCCUAUGUUGAGCACUGCAGUGGUCACAUUGUAGUCUCUGCCUCCACUCGAGAGUGGGCCAUAAAGAAGCACCUUCAUAGUACAUCAGGUGCCGCAGCAUGUGAGAAUGUGGGGCGUGUACUAGCGCAACGCUGUCUUGAAGCAGGAAUCAACUUUGUGGACAUUGCCGCUACAAUUCCAUGGGAAAAACAUGGUGAUUCAGUCCAGAGGUUCCAAAAUGCUAUGACAGAGGGCGGUGUUACACUGAAAGAGCUGCGAAGAAUUUAUGAAUAAGUUAAAAAUUCAUAGGAGAUGGUGAGAAAUGCUGUAAAGUCUUUUAAGGACAGCAAACGUAUUUUCUCCCAGAGUUAUAAUAAUAUUGAAGUGUUUUAUGUUAAAUAAAAAAAAUCUAAUAAACUGGUGCUGAUGGCAA